AUGCAGCUCGGAGUCUCAGACUUACUCUUUGCAGGGGCUGUGCUGCGGCAUAUGCAUCGGAUGUCGGGAGGGUGGAAAGCAGAGGAAAUUGACGAUCGAUUGAUAAUUCGAAAGAAUCCCAAAGGAAAUAAAAGAGUAGAAAGAAUAAUUGUUUCCGUUGAAGGCCUCAAUAAAGAGGCUGUUGAAAAGUUUCCAAUAGUGUUUGCGAGCGGUCCUGAGUUUUUUCAAGUUAUUUUUAUUAUAAUGGCGGUGAUGAGAGGAGCGAACUUUGAACAAGACGAGAAAAAGCUUUUAGAUCUACUACCUCUUAUGUUGGCUUGGAGUGCAGUAGCAAGACAAGAAAUAGCCUUUUAUGCAUUUGUUACCUUCCCCUUCAAAUAUAUUCUCCCAGCUCUUGCGAGUUUAUCCCCGUCGAAAGAACAAACAGACCACCUUGACGCACUCACCAAGCUGCAAACAAAAGUGCAUAAAGAAUAUCCAAAUGUAGACAAGGAAGAAAUUGAAUUGCAGCUCGACCUUUCAAAUUCAGUUGAAAAAUCUGUCUUUGAAAUCUUAAAGAAAAAAGUCUAUACUUUUCUGUCUUAUUUAAUGUAA